ACAUGGACGGCGGCCCUACCUCCGUCAGCCUCGACCGCGAAGCCCGGCCCGAGGGGCCGGAGGGGCCGGGUGGCCGGCCCGCGGCAGCCAAGGCCCUGGAGCCUCUGCACGGCGGCGCGUUCCUCCGCGGAAGGGACAGGCCAGUGACCCCAGGGGAGGAAGGCGAGGAGUCGGAGGUCCCCCUGCAGGAGGAGGACCUGAAGAGGAACUAUAUCGAGCUCAUCCAAGGCAUGCAGGAGUGGCAGGACGGCUGUGUCUACCGAGGGGAGUUCGGGCUCGACAUGAAGCUUGGAUAUGGAGAGUUCUCUUGGCCCACAGGCGAGGCCUACAGGGGGCAGUUUUACCGGGACCACUGUCAUGGCAUGGGUACUUACAUGUGGCCGGAUGGCUCCAGUUUCACCGGCAUGUUUUACCUCAGCCAACGAGAAGGCUACGGCACCAUGUACAUGAAGUCAAGGCUCUUCCAGGGGCUGUACAAAGCUGACGAAAGGUUCGGGCCUGGCUUUGAGACCUACCCUGAUGGUUGUCAAGAUGUCGGCCUGUGGUUCCGUGAACACCUCAUCAAAUUGUGCAUGGACACGCCCAGCACCUUCUCCCUGCUCAGCUACCCAGAGUUCUCAGCCUUCCUCACGCAGUCUCAGGAAAGAAUUAGUCUCUCUCAGGAGGAGGAGACAGUGGAGUGGGGUCCACCAGAGGAGCAGGACCCCUUCUUCUAUGAGUACAAGCGGCUUCUUCUGAAUGAUGACCUCACCCUGCCUCCAGAAAUGCACAUCUACUCAACCGAUAACCAGCACCUGCCCAUGACAGGCUCUCUCCGCAAAGAACUGGAUGCCCAGGUCUUCGUUAAUGAAAUCCCUCCAUUCGUCGAUGAUGGAGAACCCUGGUUCAUACAAAAUCAAACACCUCUGUUGAUCAAAAUCCAGAAGCAUACAUACAGGUUCAGGAAUAAGAAGGCACAUAGCAGCUGGAGCAUGGACGCCAUCCUCCAGGGGAACCGCAGCGGCUUUGCACGCAGAGGCCCCAAGGAGCUGCUUUCCAGGGAGAUGAUCCUGAGGGCGGAGGCUGGCGACCGAGACUGGGUCUACGGGAUCCUGAAGGACAACCUUGUCUGCAUGGACGUGGCCGACUCCAAGGGCUACACGGUGCUGGCGGCGGCUGCUGUGCAUUCUCAUCAUGACAUUGUCAGUCUGCUCCUGGACUUCGGGGCCGACGUGAACAAGCGCUCAGACGAGGGCCUCACUCCGCUCAGCAUGUGCUUCCUCCUCUACUACCCCAGCAAGUCCUUCAAACCCAACAUUGCAGAGAGGACCAUGCCACAGGUCAGCUCCCCCCCACCCCACCCCGUUGCCCCUAACAUGAGCACCCUGUACAGCACCGAGACAAACUUCGAGUCCUCCCAGUGUGUGCACAACUACACCAUCAAGCUGUCCAAGGACAUCCUGGAGAGGAGCGCCAAGGCCUACAGCAUGCUGCAGGCCCCCUCCUUCCCCGACAAAGGGACCGUGAGGAAAAUGGCGCAGUCCAUGCUGGAGCACCGGAGCCUGUGGAGGACCAUCCAGCUGCUGCUGUGCCGCGGGGCGGACCCCAACCUGUGCAGCGUGCCCAUGCAGGCCCUGUUCUUGGCUGUGAAGGCCGGGGACGUGGACGGGGUGAGGCUGCUUCUGGAGAGCGGGGCCAGGACUGACAUCCAGUUCCCGCCUCAGCUGCGGUCCCUGACCCCACUCCACAUUGCGGCUGCCCUUCCCGGGGAGGAAGGUGUCAAGAUCACCCAGCUGCUGCUCCAUGCCAUCACCAACGUGGACGCCAAGGCAGCCGACGAGGACGAGGUGUACAACGCCAGCAAGGUGGACCUCCUGCCCUCCAGCCUGAAGCUCAACAAUGAGCUGGGCCCCCCCAGCUGGUACUACACGGCGGCCACGGUGAGUGUCCCCGAGGAGGGCGGCCGGACAGCUCUGCACGUGGCCUGUGAGCGCGAGGACAACCGGAAGUGUGCCAGGGACGUGGUCCGCCUCCUCCUCACUCACAGAGCGAAUCCGAACUUGCUGUGGAGUGGCCACUCCCCGCUCUCCCUGUCCAUUGCCAGCGGGAACGACCUGGUCGUGAAGGAACUCCUGUCCAAGGGAGCGGACCCCAACCUGCCUUUGACCAGAGGCUUGGGCAAUGCCUUGUGUGUCAUCUGUGAUUUGGCCUAUGAGAACCAGAGGAGCACAGACAACAAGAUAGCCCUGAUCGACCGGCUCCUUAACAGCGGGGCGGACAUCCUGAAGCCCGUGACGCUCACCCAGGGGGAGAAGACGGCAGUGGGCACCGUGGUGGACUACGGCUACUUCAAAUUCUACCAGGACCGGAAGAUCGCACACUGCCCCUUCCACGCGCUGAUGCCUGCGGAACGCGAGACCUUUCUGGCCCGGAAGAGGCUGCUGGAGUACAUGGGCAUGCAGCUGCGGCUCGCCGUCUUCGCCAAGGAGGGCCAGUGGGAUGCCAGGGAGAUGUACCUGGCCAAGAGAGCGGAUAUGACCCCUAGCCACCGCCUGAAGAAGAAGAGCCUGCCCAAGUCCCUGUCUGUGGAGAAGAAGGACCCCCUUCCCUUCUUCAAGUUCUGCUACCAGUGCGGCCGUUCGGUCGGGGUCCGCCUCACGCCCUGCACCCGGUGCUAUGGGAUGCUGACCUGCAGCAAGUACUGCAAGACCAGGGCCUGGACGGAGUUCCACAGGAAGGACUGCGGCGAGCUGUCGGCCAUGUGGAAGAUGUGCGGACCCCAGAUUCCCAGGAGACGGAAGCACCGCCAGGCGGCGUCUAGAAGGCUGCGGUUCUGACCCCCUCCGCUCAACC